GCUACACUCCUGACCUCCCGGCUGCCGGCGUCUUGUCAAGUGACGCUUCUCUCCGCCACUCGCCGCUAAGCGAACGGACGGCUCGCUUCGUGCGGGAUUGCAGCUCUCGUGGUUACUAGCGAUACUUCAGUGUGACUUGUCAUUUAGUGCGAAAUUGUAGAUCUGUGGGUAGGAGCAAAACCGAAUUCGCAUUUGUGAAAGUCGUGCGAAAGGUGGAGAGAAGCAGGAUUAUAUCGAAAAUGUGGCGAGAUCCACCAGGAGGGAGUAUGACUGCAAUGGCCUCAUUGGCCUUAUUGCUGUUGGCCUCAGCUGCGAUUACAUCAGUGUUUGCCGAGGACGAAUCCAUGGGGCCCGUUUUCAUAAAGGAACCCCCGAAUCGAGUUGACUUUUCGAACGGGACUGGAGCUGUGGUCGAGUGUCAUGCCAGAGGAAACCCACAACCGGAUAUCAUCUGGGUGCGAGGCGACGGAAGUGCCGUAGGCGAUGUUCCCGGAUUGAGACAGGUGAUGCCCAAUGGAAACUUGGUCUUCCCUCCGUUCAGGGCCGAAGAUUAUCGUCAGGAGGUCCACGCUCAGGUCUACACUUGCCUUGCGCGUUCGCCUGCAGGUUCGGUGCACAGUCGGGACGUUAAUGUCAGGGCCGUGGUCACUCAACCCUACAAUCCUGAAAUAUUGACGGAGUACGCGAUCCGAGGGAACAGCGCCAUUUUGAAGUGUAGCAUACCGAGUUAUAUCGCGGAAUUCGUAACCGUGGAAGCUUGGAUCCGCGAGGACGGAGAGACGUACGUUCCUGGACCGAUAACCGAUCAGGAUGGAAAGUACCUGGUGCUGCCUUCCGGGGAACUGCACAUCAGAGACGUUGGACCCGAAGAUGGCUACAAGACCUACCAGUGCAGAACCAAGCAUAGACUCACAGGAGAAACCAGGUUGUCCGCUACCAAGGGACGUCUCGUCAUCACUGAACCCACGAGCAACGUUGCUCCAAGGACCACAGGAAAGAAGUUCGAAGGUUGGGAGGUCGUGUCAGUGGCUAGGAAUCAGACGGUAGCGUUGAGUUAUUCGCUUCAGGGAUUUCCCGUUCCCAUCACAAGAUGGUACAAGUUCAUCGAUGGUACCGCUCGCCGUCAACCCGUUCAGCUGAACGACCGCGUGCGUCAGGUCAGUGGAACCCUGAUCAUCCGUGAGGCCCGUGUCGAGGAUUCGGGAAAGUAUCUGUGCAUCGUGAAUAAUUCGGUCGGCGGGGAAUCCGUCGAGACAGUCCUCACCGUGACUGCCCCGUUGUCCGCGGAAAUCGAACCCAGAACCCAGACCGUCGACUUCGGCAGACCGGCCACGUUCACCUGCAGCGUCGAAGGAAAUCCUAUCAAGACCAUCUCCUGGCUCAAGGACGGAAAGCGUCUUGCGCUGGAAGACCCUGUUCUCCGUAUAGAUAGCGUAAAGAAGGAGGAUAAGGGAAUGUACCAGUGCUUCGUGCGAAACGACCAGGAAAGUGCUCAGGCCACAGCGGAAUUGAAACUCGGCGGACGAUUCGAACCACCGCAGAUCAGGCAAUCCUUCACCGAGGACACUCUUCAGCCCGGACCAAGCGUCUUCCUGAAGUGCGUCGCAAGCGGAAAUCCGACACCGGAAAUCACAUGGGAACUCGACGGAAAACGACUAUCCAAUACCGAGAGGCUUCAGGUCGGGCAAUACGUGACCAUAAAUGGCGACGUGGUGUCCCACUUGAAUAUCUCCAGCAUUCACACCAACGACGGUGGACUUUAUAAGUGUAUCGCUGCGUCCAAAGUUGGCUCCGCUGAACACUCCGCGCGUCUCAACGUCUACGGAUUACCCUUCAUUCGUCACAUGGACAAGAAGGCCAUCGUCGCUGGGGAAACUCUUCGCGUUACCUGCCCCGUCGCUGGCUAUCCCAUCGACAGCAUCGUCUGGGAACGUGACACCAGGGUACUGCCCAUCAACCGGAAGCAGAAGGUCUUCCCCAACGGUACCCUCAUCAUUGAGAACGUCGACAGAAUGAGCGACCAGGCAACGUACACCUGCGUAGCGCGCACUGCGCAAGGAUACAGCGCACGAGGAACUCUCGAAGUUCAAGUUAUGGUCGCCCCGCAGAUCGCGCCAUUCGUUAUCAGCGAUGAACCAGCUAAUUGGGGCGAAGCAGUCUCCGCGAUCUGCUCCAUCGUCAAGGGCGACUUCCCGAUAGAUAUAUCCUGGGCCCUUAACGGGGAGCCCAUUUCCUCCGAGCAACCGGACAUUAGGAUAUCCAGUCCCAACAAACGCGUCAAAGUUCUCUCUAUCGAGGCUAUCAGCGCCAGACACGCCGGCGAGUACACUUGCACAGCCUCCAACGGCGCAGGAGCCACCAGCUACUCGGCCACUUUGACAGUCAAUGUGCCUCCCCGCUGGAUACUCGAGCCCACUGACAAAGCUUUUGCUCAGGGCUCCGACGCACGAGUCGAGUGCAAAGCCGACGGCUUCCCCAAGCCCCAGGUCACAUGGAAGAGGGCUGCUGGGGAUACGCCUGGCGAUUACAAUGACUUGAAAUUGAGCAAUCCUGAUAUCAGUGUCGAAGAUGGCACUCUUUCCAUUAACAAUAUUCAAAAGACAAACGAGGGAUACUAUCUGUGCGAAGCUGUCAAUGGAAUUGGCUCUGGACUAUCGGCUGUUAUACUUAUCUCUGUGCAAGCUCCUCCUCACUUUGAAAUCAAACUGCGCAACCAAACGGCCCGUCGUGGAGAACCUGCCGUGCUGCAGUGCGAGGCUCAAGGCGAAAAACCAAUUGGCAUUUUGUGGAACAUGAACAACAAGAGGCUGGACACGAAGAGCGAUUCGCGUUACACGAUUCGCGAGGAAAUUCUGGCCAAUGGAGUGCUGUCCGACUUGAGCAUCAAGAGAACCGAGAGAUCUGACUCCGCACUGUUUACCUGCGUUGCCACCAAUGCUUUUGGCAGUGACGAUACCAGUAUCAAUAUGAUUGUACAAGAGGUUCCGGAAGUGCCGUAUGGUCUCAAAGUGUUGGACAAGUCUGGUCGUUCGGUUCAGCUUUCCUGGGCAGCACCCUACGAUGGAAACAGCCCCAUUAAGCGAUACGUCGUUGAGUACAAGAUGAGCAAAGGAUCCUGGGAAACCGAUAUCGAUAGAGUCCUUGUGCCAGGAUCGCAACAGAAUGUCGCCGGCGUUUUCAAUCUCAGACCCGCCACUACGUAUCAUCUGAGGAUCGUUGCUGAAAAUGAGAUUGGUAUUUCUGAACCAUCCGAUACCGUUACUAUCAUCACGGCUGAGGAAGCUCCCUCGGGACCCCCCAGCUCCGUCAGAGUCGACGCACUCGAUCAGCACACUCUUAAGGUCACCUGGAAACCACCCCCGCGUGAAGAUUGGAAUGGCGAAAUAUUGGGUUACUACGUUGGAUACAGGCUGUCGUCUUCCGAGAAACCUUACAUGUUCGAAACUGUCGAAUUCUCCAAGGAAGACGGAAAGGAGCAUCAUCUCCAGAUCAUGAAUCUCAAAACCUACACUCAGUACAGCGUAGUUGUACAGGCAUUCAACAAAGUUGGGUCCGGACCUAUGAGCGAAGAGCGAAGACAACACACAGCUGAAGGAGUACCUGAACAGCCUCCUCAUGACACGACUUGCACGACCCUCACGUCUCAGACCGUUCGCGUCUCAUGGGUAUCGCCUCCUCUUAGUGCCGCAAAUGGUGUCAUUACCGGUUACAAGGUUAUCUAUGGACCAUCCGAGGCCUGGUACGAUGAAAACUCUAAGGAUACUAAGAUAACGUCUUCCAGCGAAACUAUCCUGCACGGCCUAAAGAAGUACACCAACUACAGCAUGCAAGUAUUGGCCUUCACGUCCGGCGGCGAUGGAGUCAAAUCCGCGCCCAUUCACUGCCAAACUGAACAAGAUGUUCCUGACGCUCCAGUCGCCAUCAAAGCCCUGGUCAUGUCGCCGGAAUCGAUUUUGGUCUCGUGGCGUCCACCGAGUCAACCUAACGGCGUUAUUUCCCAAUAUACUGUCUACACCAAGCCGGAAAAUGCGGAUGAACCCACCAGUCAGAAAGUACCUCCCAAUCAAUUGACUCACGAAGCAUCUGGAUUGGACAAGCAGUACAGAUACGAUUUCUGGGUGACCGCGAGCACUAAUAUCGGCGAAGGAGAGGCCUCCGAUAUUGUUCCGCUGUCUCCGAGUGUUCGCGUUCCUGCCAAGAUUGCAUCGUUCGACGACAAAUUCACUGCAACCUAUAAAGAGGACGUAAAGCUGCCCUGUCUCGCCGUUGGUGUCCCUGCCCCCGAAGUUACAUGGAAGGUCAGAGGUGCGGUUCUGCAGUCCAACGACAGACUGAGACAGCUGCCUGAAGGAUCAUUGUUCAUUAAGGAAGUCGACAGAGCCGAUGCAGGAGAAUACUCGUGCUACGUCGAGAACUCAUUUGGACACGAUACCGUUAGUCAUCAGUUGGUCGUUCACGCGCCGCCCCACUCGCCCCAAGUUACCAUCACGGCAACGACAACCAAUUCAUUGACCAUGAAGCUCAGACCUCACCCAACCGACAACGCACCCCUCCACGGAUACACCAUCCACUACAAGCUCGAAUUUGGUGAUUGGGAAACUGUUCAAGUCAGCUCGACAGCUUCGAAAUACACGCUGGAGAAUCUCUGGUGUGGUUCUCGUUAUCAGAUUUAUGUGACUGCUUACAACGGCAUCGGCACCGGUGAUCCUUCUGAAAUUAUGAAAACGCGCACCAAGGGCUCCAAACCAAUCAUCCCCGAAGCAGGACGAUUCAUUGAAGUCUCAACGAACAUCAUCACCCUUCAUCUGAGCGCCUGGUCCGAUGGUGGCUGUCCCAUGCUCUACUUCGUCGUCGAGCACAAGAAAAAACAGCAGCAGGAAUGGAUUCAGGUAUCGAACAACGUGAAACCCGGUGGUGACUUCGACGUCCGCAACCUGGAACCCGCAAACUGGUAUCACCUCCGCGUAACUGCUCACAACAAUGCCGGAUUCGCCGUGGCCGAGUAUGAAUUUGCGACUCUCACCGUUACCGGAGGAACAAUCGCACCGCCCGUUCGCAGCGGGGGCACCGAGAACACCGACGUAAGGCGUUAUUUCCCGUGGCUUCCGGCUUGGCUCGACGUAAAUGUCGUGGUGCCGGUCGGAGCCACCAUCGUCGUCAUAAUAGUAGGCAUUGUCGUAAUUUGCGUGGCGCUUUCGCGAAGGACUCGAGGCCCGGAACAAACGCGGCUGAGAGGUAUCUCAUCAGCCGACGAGAAAUAUUACGAGGGACAAUAUGACGUCGUCUAUCAGCAGUCUGGUGUCGUGGGUGCCACGCUAGAUAAACGCAGGCCCGAUCUCCGGGACGAACUCGGCUACAUCGCACCGCCGAACCGCAAACUCCCGCCGGUCCCAGGCUCCAACUACAACACUUGCGACCGUAUCAAGCGAGGUGGGACAGGCUCGCUAAGGAGUCACUCCACGUGGGACCCCAGGAGACACAUGUACGAGGAAUUGAGUCAUUGUGCUCCAAACAGAAGGUGCCCACCGCCACCACCACGUAUGGGAAGUGCCGAAGGUCUGUCGCACAGAGGCAUGGAGGAUGAAAUCUGCCCGUACGCGACCUUCCAUCUUCUUGGAUUCCGCGAGGAAAUGGAUCCUAGCAAAGCCAUGCAGUUCCAGACCUUCCCCCAUCCUGGAAAUGGACAUUCCGGCACCAUGGGACCACCAGUCGGCCAUCCUACGAACGUCUCGGCUCACAGUCGAUCUGGAUCCCAGUCAAUGCCUCGUCAAAAUGGCCGUUACUCCCGAGUUCCCUCGCAAGGCGGUGGACCACACAACAUGUUCUCUCCGGAAUACGACGAUCCUGCCAAUUGCGCUCCCGAGGAAGAUCAAUACGGAUCGCAAUACGGACAGUACGGAGCCCCGUACGAUCAUUAUGGAUCCCGAGGAUCUGUCGGGCGCCGUAGCGUAGGAUCUGCUCGCAAUCUGCCAAUGUCUGGAUCUCCUGAACCGCCACCACCGCCACCCCGAAAUCACGACCCGAACAACUCGAGCUUCAACGACAGCAAAGAGAGCAACGAGAUCAGCGAAGCGGAAUGUGAUCGCGAUCAGUUGGUCAAUCGCAAUUACGGCGUGAAUGCUCGCGGCAAGGAUGGCAUGACCACCGAGGAGACUCGCAAACUCAUUGAGAGGAAACCAAACGAAGCUCCCGGCCGGCAAAUCGGCCCCAAUCCCGGCGGUCACGGGGGACUCCUCACACCCUACGAUACUGUGGCAGUGUAACCUGUAAAUCCUCACGAGAAGCGCGCGGCAAGUCCCGUCUAGUGGGACUUUGGCCACGGCCACUUUCACCCUAACGGUGUCGUCAGUCCAAUUGCAACGAUUUUAAAAUUAUGUGCCACCAAGGCUAGGUAGAUUCGGCUAUUGCGUAAGCUUCGAAUUAUCCUGUAAUCUAAAAGUUUAUCGAUAAGACGAUUUAAGGCGAGAACUUCCCUUUCUGUUUUUUUUUCUUUUUUUUUCGAUCAGAACCCCGUUCGAAGAAGCGAAAUUGGAAAACAGUAACGAAAUUUUGAAAAAAUGCGACUGGACCCGAGUAAAACGAAGAAAGUCGUCAGAGUCUCGCAAAUCUUGGAUUAUAAAUUUGUCGCUUUUUUUUUUUGUGUUGAUUGGAAUCGCGAUUGCGCGAAAGACUCGUAUCGUAUGCGCGUACGUGCGAUAACGAAAUUAGGUUACUCGUUUGUUAAGUCGAGGUUGUGCCACACUGCCAGUCCCUGGCAAGCGAUUUAUAAUUUUGUAACGAAGGUUGUGUCUCCGAUGAUCGAUAUAAUUAACGUAGCCAAGCCGCACGGAAGGACGCGACGUGUUCGCGUGGGACUUUACUGCGUUUUAAUUAUUAUUGCCAUUGAAUUUCAAUCCACUAUCCACAGAAUGUCCUGUCGCUUCUUUAAAGCACACAUGUCUUAUCUAUUUCACAUUGAAAGAAUCCAUCCUGCUAUUGGAGAAGAACCUACUGCUAACUAGUUCCAUAGUACGACUGCUAGCACCAUCAUUUUGUCAGUACCGCUACCACCACUACUAUUACUAUUACUAUUCCUACUACUACUAAAUAUUAACACUAACGCUAAUACUACUAGUACUAUCGAUAAUUGUCCUAUUUAAUCUGCAACCUAUACCCGAUAUCGAUACGGUAUAAAGUUAAUGGUAAUUUGACGAUGAUAUUACAAGCAUAAGUGAUUAAUUAAUGAAUUAACAGAUAAAAUUAGAUAGGACUUAAGGAGGACGAAGAUAUCGUCACGAGAGAGUGUUGUCCAUGACCUUGGAAGAAUAUACAGUUCAGUUUGUGAACGAUUAUUUAAGGGAAACACGCGAAAGAGUGAAAAGGAGGAAAACUAGCUGUCAUUAGAAGCACUCGGGACAACGCGUCUCUCAUAGAUCGUUUUUAUCAUAAUGAUACUAUUCCUAGAUAAGUAUCGUAGGUGUCACGUUCACUUCUGUCUGGGACUUGGGACGGCGCGCGGUAUACCUUUAACAGCUCGAACUCGAGGCGAUUCGUAUUAUCGUCGCAGGGUCCUCAUUUCGCGGACCAACGAAAUAAAGAAAAUCUCUUGGAGCUGCAAACCUCGGAAUCUCCAAAUUCCUUUGACGAGGCUAAGCAGGCGAACCUUUCUCGUCGCUCGAGUCCCGACAAGACGCACUUUACUCAUCGAUGUGAUUUUAACGUCUGCGCAAGUUUUUCGUGUAUCGUGUACGUGUUACGAUUGUGCAAGAAGAUAUAGCUAUAUCCAAAACUAUCUAGUACUACGAAUUAUCGACGCCGCCAUUAAACAUACGCAGAAUCGAGCAGCUUCGAUGCUUUGAAACGUGAUGGAUAAAUCGACUAGGAAUAAUCGAAAGGGAAACAGAAUCAGAAAGGAAUUAGAAUUUACCACUGAAACACUUGUACCGUUAGUACGUUUCCGUACGUUGUACCGAAGCAAGUUUCCUUAGUGGUGUCGUACGAUAAAUCAAUAAGAAGUAAAGAAUAACGGAUAGAUAAGCGAGAUAGCGGAUAAGGUGCAGUCAGUCAGUCAGAGUCGCGUAGCUUCUAGCUUAUUGUUGUAGCUUUUGUUGCACUCGAGAUCGGAUGGAAGAACUGCGUGCGACUUUUUUUUGUUGCGAGUGUUUUUUUUUUUUUUUUUUUUUUUUUUAAAUAAUCGACACCAGUUCUCGACUGGUUUUGCACGCUGGCUCUUUGGUUCUUUUCUACGCUCGCUGUCAGAAUAUUCGACGUACCUUCUUCCCGUAGCCUGCGCGCCAUCCUCUCUUUCCAUUGCUUUGGUCGCUGAUUCAUGAAAUAUUAAGCCGCGUCACACGCGUCGAGUCCAUGUCCUCUAUCCUUCUCUCACCGCCGAUUGAAAAUCCGACAUUACGACAUCACUUACUUCUCACUUACAGUCUCUAUCUUCUGUGCCACUAUUUUACGUUUUUGUACCAAAGUUGUAGCGUCUAACUUUACGUUAAAUAAAUAAUACGUAAACACA